CCGAAAAUUCCCCGAUGAUGCAACUUGAGACAGAAAGGAUAUCACUACGUGGUUUUACAUUUAUUAUACCCUGCGGUAUUUAUGGUACGUAGCGGGAAACUAAACCGUGAAAGUUAACUGUCACACAUUAAUCCAGGACGUACUUUGCAUUUCCAUUAGUUUCCUGCACACGUAUUUGUCUUGACAAUUAUUUGGGGCCGAACAUGGAAGCUAAGCGUGUGUUGAUAUUAUCCAUUGCCCUUCGAUGAUUACUGCGCCCCCCGGACGGUGGGGUGCAGUGUGGUUGUGACCCGCGAAAAGCGCAGGCGAAGAAGAAGGGAAAAAAAGGCAGGCUUGAAGGCAAAAACUAAACGGAAGCUGGCCAGAGGAAGUCUCUCGAAAGAGGUUUGAAUUCUUCGUUGAGGCCGACCGGUAAAAAGGUCUUUUUAACAAUGGUGAAAAUUUUUGUGGGAAAUCUGCCCCGAGAGGCAGAUCAGGAUGAAAUCAAGGCACUCUUUACUCAGUACGGCACAGUCACAGAAUGUGCCAUCAUCAAGAACUACGCCUUCGUCCACAUGGAUGACCGCAAGGCCGCCACCAAAGCCAUCAAAAGUCUGCACCUCUACAAGCUCCACGGCACACCGAUCAACGUGGAGGCCAGCCACGGGAAGAACCAGGGCUCGGUCAAACUGCAUGUAGCGAAUGUAGAGAAGGGAUCUGACGAAGAGCUCCGUGCUCUCUUUGAAGAGUACGGCACAGUCACAGAGUGUGCUGUUGUCAAAAAUUUUGCUUUUGUACAUAUGUCCAACUCAGAUGAGGCCAUGGAUGCCAUCAAGGGACUGGACAACACUGAGUUUCAAGGCAAACGCAUCCACGUCCAGAUUUCCAAGAGCCGUCCCAGACAUGAUGAACGGGAUGACUACCCCCCUCCUCCCCCAGACAGAGGUGGCUACUGGCCCCCACGCUAUCCAGGAGAGAGGCCCGAGCCUCCCCCACCCAGCUACAUGAGAGGCCGCCUUGGCCAUAUACCCCCAGGUUACCCAGCCCCUCCUCUGCCGCCCCCUCCCCCUAGACGAGCUGUUUAUCCCGACCGUCCCUAUGACGGUGAGAGGGACAGAUACGGCGUGGUAGAUUAUUAUGAGAAGUACAGAGCACGUCCGUAUGGCAUGCCCUCCUACGAGGAUCAACGUGCUGGCGCCCCUCCCCCUCCCCCUCCCCCCUCUGCCGUCGUACGAGACCGUCUUAUGAACUCGUCGCUCGACCCGUAUGAGCGUCGGCCCCUUCCACCUCCUCCGUCCUCGUUCUAUCCCCGAGAUCGCAGUCCCCUCAGGAGAGCGCCUAGCACGCCAAUGCCCCCCGCCAGUAAUGGCUACUCCUACGAGCGCUCCCGACUUUCUCCGGUUUCCCGGGUCCCGGCAUAUGGAGUUCCACGCGCCAGGGACCCCUACGCAGAACGGCUGCCCCCCCCACCGCCGGCACGCUACGCUUAUUAAGCAAGGCCCCGACAUGUGAAGGUGAGAACAGGAUCGUCGUCCGACUGCGUCGCCGCUCGCCGCCUCCUGAUGCACGUGAUACUAUCCACUUCCUGUCUGCGGCUGAGCGCGUUACGUUCCCCUGAGAUGCUCACAGGAGGAACUGAAUUGCCGACGUCCACGUCUGUUUUUGCUUUUAUUAUUUUGGGACAAUUUUUACUCGCAUUUUUUUCCCCUCAUUGUUUUAGUUUGUCAUUGUGCUGAAGUAUUUUUAAUGCUUGACGUCUGAGUUAGGCGUUUUUUUUAUUUUUUAUUGUACCUUCUACGUUUAAAUAAUUAGUGUUCUGAUGUGGUGUGUAACCUUAGAAAGCUGACUCAAUUCAGCAGCAGUUUUUAGGCGAUACUUGUGACUGUAGAUUUAAUUCAAAUUAAUCAUGUUUGGUAUUAAAUCUAGUUUGCACGUUGGUUCCAUUAUGUUAAACUUUUCAUCGAAAACUAAACCUCCAUGUUGCGUUGCUGUAAAAAUUUAAAAUGCUAAGACACAUGUAGAAAGUAACUCUUAAUGACACAGUUACGAAAAAGCGUUCACAUCUACCUGUCCACUGUCGAUCUUUUUUAAUAAAUCGCAUUUGUGCAGUAA